AUGAAAGAUGAGCUGGAAGUUCCUGCGGCUGUAGCUUCCUCCCCGUUCCUCAGCUCCGUCCUUCCGCAGCUAAAGCGAAAUGUUGCAGCCCUAAAGCCUUGUGAAGCAGCAGCCUUUGCUGCACUACUGCUGAAGAGACGCGAGCUGGAUCGAUCUAUCGCAGAAUCUUUGAGCAAUGCGGUGUACGAAAACCUCGGAGGACCGUUGUCCGUCUUGAUGCUUCAGCAGCAGCCGUCUUCCCCUGUAGCGGAGCUGUCUGAUGCUCAGGCACGCCACCCGAUGCACAUGCAACAGCAGCAGCACAUGCUGCAGAGACAGCGGGAGCGGGCAACAUCCCCCUCGUCGCUCUCGUGCCUUCUACACUUAGGAAGGAGUUUUACUGCUGCUGGCCUCGAACGCCUGCCUGCGAUAGAACGAGAGAUAGAACUUCAAUGGGCCGCAUUUACGCCAGCAAAGGUCUCUGCAGUGCUCAAUCUCCUAGCGAAAAUUCCGCACCGGUCAACAUCGGCGCUGAACAAACUGGGACUUGCCGUGCAGCACAGUCUUCACCAUUACUCCCCCAACAUGCUCGCAGGCUGUCUUUCGAGUUUGGAUUCUCUGAGUUACCGCCACCAUUCCCUCCUUUCCUCCAUAACAGCUCUCUUGCUGCAUAAACAAAUAGCACAGCAGAAAUGUCACCAAGGCCCCCAGCGACAGCGAACUCAGUUCCCACAACCAUCACCGCGCUUUCUCAAUCAGCUCUCUGCUGUAUCAGCAGUGAUGCCUACGGCAACAGGUUCACCCGAGAUAUCAAGAGCAGCUGAAGCAGCGGCCUCUUCUCAGUCGCUCAUGCACGUCCAUCUGCUACAGCAACAGCAGCAAACAGCAGUGGCUGCCACGGCAGCAGCCCAUGCGGCUAGGCUCUCAAGUCAUCAUCUCCUACACUUUCUCCAGCCAUUGCCUCCCAACUCGCACCUGCCACCUCCACUUUUUUCUGAAAAGCAGGAAUGCAUUACCGAUAGGUGUCUUUUUCCAGUACAUGGUCCCGAGCAGCAAUACCACCAGCAGCAUCAACAGCGCCGGGACUCCUGGAAUGGCGCUGCUUCACGCAUUUACUCAGGAGAGGAACUGAAGACCGCAACGCCUGCGACACUAUCAGCACGACCUCCUGCACUGGCGACAGAUAAAGAAGCAAUCCGUUUACCCCCAACCCCAGCAUCGGACGCGUGGGUAGUGCCAACAGGACCUUCCGCUAGUCGUGUGGAUUUCCUGCGGACGACUACCAUGAACAUUGAUCCUUUCCUUGCAGCUGCGCUGCUUAAGCAUCUGUCUCAUAUCCAGCACAAAGGAAACCCGGAGCUGCUCUCAGCGUUGCUUGCAUCUGUUGCUACGUCCGCGGCAAAUUACGAAACACAGCAGUGGCAGCAACGGCACUCAGCGGUGCUAAGACUGGGAGGCUCUGAUAGUGGGGCGAGAACUUCAAAAGGCUCACAGCCAGCAGCGAAGGCGAUAACUUUGGGCGCGCCAGCGAGUGAAGAAAGUAUGGUAGGCAUUGCUGCUUCUGUCGGUGUUACUCCAGCAUCAAGAACAGAUACCUUCGGUUCAAGCAGAUGCCGCGCAGCGGCGAGUGGGUGCAAGGGUGCCGCCACAGUACGUACCCAUGAGCUGCGAGAGCUCUGGAAGGGCAUCGCGAGGGCUGCGUCUGCUGCAGUCGAAACCUGCAGCUCAAGUAGGAGCCACGGCAGCAGCCACAGCAAGACCGGCGAUGCACACCUCCUUACAACGAAUCCUAGCGAACAGUCUGCCAUACAUGGCCCUUCAGAGGCUCCAGAGAAGACUCUCGUGGGCUCCGCACAGCGGAGAGGACUUAUGGCGACCCCCCAAAGGCUCGGCGGGGCGCUGCUGAUUUCUACAGGCCGUGGCACGCUAAGGAAACUCAGAGAGCGCGGGGCUGAUAAGCGCUUACGGUUUGUGGUUUUGCCAUGGAGCAUGUUUGUCGCGGAGUACAGAAAACCCUUGGAUUUGGAUACCUUGAGGCCGAGCAUCAAGAGUGGCAAACUCCGGGGUCGGAGACGCCGAGCGGCUGUGGAGGGCCUCGUGCCGGCUGGUGCAGAGGUUACUAGAACAGUAACAAGGCGAGAGUGCGCCCUUGAAGCGAUGCGGCACUGGUCCUGCUACCGACGGGCCUUUCUCCAGCCUUUCCAGGCGGUAUCUAUGCUCUCGCGCUUUUGUUUGGCUAGAACCAAUGAAGCACUGGCUGCUGCAGACGGGGAUAGUGCCCUCGCGGGUGGAGGGACGAGGGCCUUAUCAGCUACAGACACAUCGGUGCUGCUACAGCAGCAGGUCCUUUCACAGCCAUUGCAGCAGCGGCAGUUCCCAUUUGGCCUUUCGUUUUUUGCAGUGGGAAGCACACCCCAAAUGAUCAUAGAUACCGGUCCUCUGCUCUCUCCUUCUCUCCCCAAGGAGUGCUCUUCUUCUCUUAGGAGGCAGAUACAGCAGCAACACGCUCAGAGAAUGAAAUGCGCAUCACGAGCGCAGCGAAUGCUUCCGCAGCAGAAUCAGCAAGGGGAAAUUUCCUCAGGAGUAUCAAAUGCUGAACGUCUAGCAACACCCGACGCAGCAGCCACAGAAACAAAAAGGACAUGUCCUGAAGGAGCUCAAACGCAUACUGGAGCGUCCGCAAGUCUACAAGUUUCUUCCGCCAUCGUGCCAGCAGAUCUACGUCUGGCAGAAUCCUCACCAGGGCUCGUAGUAGUAGCAGUACGAGCAGCAGUGCGGAAGCAGCAGAAGCAGCGGUCUCGCUUACUGCACGCACUUGCGGAGAGCCUCGAGGCAGCAGCAAGGAUGAAGGUUUUAACCGUACGAAUCACCAUGCCUUUUGUGGCGCAGCUGCCUAGACUUUGCGGGGACGUGGCAAAUCAAGCAUCAGCGUCGGCAACAACAGCACCGGCAGCUGCAGCACUGGCGGCCGAUUUGAGUGCAUGUUGUACGGCUGCCACUGCAACACUGCAGACACUGGGACUACGUUUGGGAGGACCUCUGGAGGAUCCCCCGCCUGCUAGACGAAGAACGCGCCGCUUGCCUUCACCGGACCUGGCAACUAUAAGGGAACAUCUCUUGGUCAAUCUUGAGACAGCUUUCCGGAGUUCUUACUUCUUGCCGCUGUGGAGGCGCGCGGCUGCAAGUGCCGCGCUGCAUUCAAGAACCGCAGCGGAUGGAACGCGAGCAGCAGCAACGCUGGACAGAAACCUUGCCGAGCUGUUACCCCGGGCAGCGUACCUUUAUGCACUAGUAUUUCAAGCGCUAGUAACUGAAGUGCUGGAGCAAAAAGCAACAAUAGGGCCAAUAAGUACCUGGCAGGAACAGCGGCAGCGUGUGCAGGCGUUUUCGCGCACAGUGGGAGAAGCUGUUGCGGGGCUUAUUUGUACAGCCGCCUCCCGCCCCACUGUUUCUGCUCUUUCGGAAAUACUGAAUGCGUGCCGCUGUCUGCUUGCUGUUGAACACUCGGGCUGGGGGGUUGCACAACAAGACCAGCAACAGACGGAACGGGUAUCCCUGCAAGCCUUAUUGCAGCAGACGGAAGUGGCAGUUACUGAACUGCUGCGGCAGGUACUUCUGCAAGACUAUGUUCACACAACAGCACCAACUUCUUCAAGUGAUGCAAGAGGAGCCUUUGCUGCACUUGUUGCACUGGCGCGAAGCUCCUCCUCUGGGUCUUCUGAUGCAAACUCAACAGGUACACUAGCAAUUGCAGCAAACAGAAUUGCCGUUCAGCCCACCGCCUACAAAAAAUAUAACUUGCCCCUUCCCGCACCUCAACGAGCUGUCCGAUCAGAAAUAUGGGAAACUGCAUCCGACUUGAGAAUCCCUCUACUACUUCUCUUGCGAGCACACGGUGCCACACUCAUCGUCCCGCGCAAUGAGUGGAAAGACAACCCUUUUGGGGAAGCAACAGACCAAGUGCCACGGUACAUAAGAUUAAAACGGAGAACCGGGAAAGGACGGGAAGUAACAGGAUAG